GUGGUCUUUUCUGUAGGAUGGACCAUCUUUCUGUUCGAUUCCAUGUUCGUGGUAAAUUGGAGUAUGAUGGGAAGGAGUGGAACUAUAUUGGUGGAAGGACUGGCCAUUCAACCGUGGAAGUUUUAAACCUGUCAAUACAAGUCCUGAAGUUGCAUUUGCUUGAAUUUUUGGUAAUAUCUGAUGAGGAUUUGGAGGAUACCACUCUGAGUUGGAGACUGAUUGAUAAUGAAAGAAAUUCGAGAUGCAUGUGCAGGCUUGAUGACGACAGUAAUGUGAAGAAUAUGGUUAAGCAUGUGACAAGAGUUGCAGAUGGGUUUGUUGAGAUAUUUGCACACUACAUCUGUACAACAGAAACUACAUCAAAAGCUGUCGUAGAGGCCGACAGGCUGCUGUGGCGACGAAGGAGACGAUGGCAAGGGCUGCUGUGGCGACGAAGGAGACGACGGCGCGGGCUGCUGUGGCGACGAAGGAGAAGAUGUGCCGGCGGCUGCUGUGGCGACGAAAUCCGGCGGCCUACUGUGGCGGCGACGGAGGCCGACGAUGUGCCGCCGGGCUGCUGUGGGGGACGAUUCGGACAGCGCCUCCGGGCUGCUGUAGCGACGAAUCGCCGGCCGCCGUGGCCGAAUCGGCCAAGGACGCCCACGAAUCGACGACGCGGAGGCCGAUUCGACGGCGAGGUGGACGACUGUCGCCGCCGGCGACUGGAGGAAGAACGCGGGGGACGAGCUGGGGAGUCAACGCGGUGGGGAGUCAGCUGGGGACGAGCUGCAGGAGGAGCGAGGAGUAGCGAUGCAGUGCGGUGCGGUUCGUACCGAUGCAGUGCGGUUAGCUGUCCACCGUGGCCCAAAACAAUCCAGCGUGGCCCAAAACAGCCUUGUAAACCAGAAUAAGCAGCCAGGGGGGUUUAGUGUCCGGUUUGGUUUAGUUAGGGGGGUGAUUUGCCCCACUUAAUAGUUAGGGGGGGUUAGUGUCCC